GCGAGAAGUAACGGCUCUAGUAUACAAUGAUUUUUCGGGAGUUUAUUAUAUGUUCACGCAAUUUGACGUAUAUCGUUGAUCUAGUUCGGUAUAUUCGUCCGUGUAUGGAUGUGCUGUAAUCUGUGCCAGUUCUCUCUCUUUCUGAAUCAUCGUGUUAAAUCACAGUCGUGAAAAAUGAUUGUUUGACACACAUUUUUUUUUCUCCGCCUCUAUCGUCUUUACUGCUACACCGUGAUCUAAAUCUGACGAUAGGCGCCUUUUACACGCGGUCGAAUGUCGUUCGCCUCGUGUCCAUGUGGGGUCCCACGACGAAGCGCGUGGGCCAUUCUCGAGUCACGACCACGACGAUGAUUGUUACCGAACGAGGCACGAGAAGAAGGAGAAAAAAAAUUUCCCCCGCGUAAGAAUAUAUAUAGAUACGAGUGUCACCAGUAGUAGUACCACCUGAGUCGCGACGCCACGAUGGACGAGGGUAGCAAAAAUCAGCAGCAGCAUCGGGUGGCGAUCGCCGACAACGCCAACAAACUGGAGACCCAAAAGCAGGAAGAUGAGGAGGAGGACGAGGAGGAGGAGGAUCCAUUGACGAAGGCCCUGGACAAGCUCGGCGAGGGCUCGGGCUUCCUCUGGAUGAUAUUCUUCUUCACGAUGCUGCCGCCGAUUUUCGCCGGUAUGCACUCCAACACGUACAUCUUCAUGGCCGAGGUACCGCGUCACUGGUGCGAGGUCGGCGAGCUGCGGGCCGCCAACUGGACCACUGAGCAGAUCCAGCGGAUCUCCGUGGUGGACGAGUGCCGCGUGCGCGACUACGAUUAUCGGGUCUUGGCCGGGAUGGGCUUCGAGGAAUCGCUCGUCUACGCCCGCGAGCACGAGGCCGAGACGCCGAUACGCGACUGCAGCGUUGGGAAAGACGAGGGCUAUUACUACGAGCCCGGCAGCACCCAGAGAUACUCCAUGGUCCAGGAGUGGGACCUGGUGUGCGGCGACAGUCCCAAGCGCGCCACCACCCACAUGGCCCUGUCCCUCGGCAAGCUCCUCGGCGCCGGCGUCCUCGGGGUCAGCUCCGAUCGCUACGGUCGCCGGGCCAUCUACGUCCUCGGCAUCCUCCUCUUCGUGCUGUUCGCCCCCGUGUCGGCCUACGUGCCCUGGUACUGGGCCUUCAUCGCGCUGCGCCUCCUCACCGGCAUCAGCUUCUCCGCCGUGCAGUACUCGGCUCUCACCACGCUGACGGAGGCAGCGGGUAACACGCACAGACAGUGGAUGGGCAUAGCGUUCAAUUGCGGCUUCGCCAGCGGGCCGAUCUUCGUCGCCGGGAUAUCUUACUUGGCCACGAGCUGGAGACAGAUACAGGCGGCCACCUCCUUGCCGGGCCUGCUGCUGCUACUAUUCAUGUGGUUCAUGCCGGAAUCGCCGAGAUGGCUGUUGUCGCAGGGCAGACGGAAAGAGGCCCGGGCGGUCCUGGAGAGGUUUCACGGGCCGAUCGACGAGCCAUCCGAGGCCAGCAGCCGGGCCAAGAGAAAGAAGCAGCUACAGCAGCAGCAGAGUCGAGGCGAGGCGAUGACCGUCGUCGACGAGAAAGUCGAAAGCCCAGCGGGCAAAUCCGGUCCGCUGAACGAGCAGAUCAAGGGCCUGAAGACGAUCUUCAGUAACGGCGAGCUCGCCAAGCGCGCCUGCAUAUCCUACUUCUCCUGGAUGACGGCCUCGCUCACUUACUACGCCCUCGCCCUGAACGUGGACAACUUCGCGGUGGACUACUAUCUGUACGCGGUGCUGCUCGGCGUCACCGAGAUCCCGGCCUACCUCGUGCCAAGUCCCAUCCUCCUGUUCUUCGGCCGCAAGCAGGCCUCGUCGGCGCUCUACGGGGUCUGCGGCGCCCUCCUGCUGCUACUGCUCGGGGUGGCGCGCACCGAAACGGCCCUCGUCGUCACGGCCAGCCUCGUCGCCCGCUUCAGCCUGUCGGCGGCCUACGGCAUCUUCAUCCUCUACACGUCCGAGUUCUUCCCGACGAUAUCGCGCAACUCGGCCCUGGGCACCUCGUCGGCCCUGGCGCACGUCGGCAGCAUCGUGGCGCCCUUCCUCGUGGACGGCCUCGGGCGCUGGGCCUGGUGGGGCCCGAGCACGUUCUGCGGCACGCUGGCGCUGCUCGCCGCGGCGGCCUGCCUGGCCCUGCCCGAGACCCGCGGCCGACCCCUGGCCGACAGCGUCGAGGAGGAGAUCGCCCCGGGCCGGGGCAGGGUGUCGUUCGGCGGUGGCUCCUCCUGCUUCGGACUGGCGAGGAUAUUCGGAAAGAAGAAGUGAUCAUUGUGUAUAAACGAGCCGCGAUGAUUUCCCGUCGCGUAGUCCAGUAUUCAACGUUAGGAAAAUGACGAUAAAGGCGAAGAUGUAUAGCGGUGUUACGAAGCGUUGCAAUAUUUUUAUUUAUUUUUUUGUUAGCUGUCGUACGCCCAAUUUAAUCUUGAAUAUUUUGAGAAUCUCAGGGUAUGCAUUUCCAUAUUAAUUUCAUGUGUACGUGUCUGAGUGUACACGUAAUAAUCGAACUCGUUGUUAUGUAACUUUAUUUCAAUAAAAAAAAACCAAUCUUAAGAACUCGA